AUGGGUCGUUCUCUCCGCACGUUCGCGGUAUACACGCAACCAUUUGUAGUGAAAAAUGCCAGGUCCGCCGCAACUGGCUGCCCGUUCUCUAAACGACAACGCUCACAAAUAGCUCCAACUGCGGAGCUCAAUGAGGAAAUUUUUGCAAAUGCAAAACCGUAUUCCGAAGUUCCGGGACCCAAACCGAUUCCUAUACUGGGUAAUACGUGGCGGAUGGUGCCUAUUAUAGGCCAGUUCGAUAUAUCUGAGUUCGCGAAAGUGACCAAACACUUUUUGGACAAAUAUGGGAGGAUCGUUCGUUUGGGAGGGCUGAUCGGCAGACCCGACCUGUUAUUUGUUUACGACGCCGAUGAGAUCGAGCGCAUGUAUAGAAGGGAGGGCCCUACACCCUUCCGGCCCGCUAUGCCUUGCCUUGUCAAAUAUAAGUCCGAGGUGAGGAAGGAUUUCUUCGGUGAACUGCCUGGCGUUGUCGGAGUUCAUGGUGAAAAAUGGCGGCAAUUUCGCUCGAAGGUUCAGCGUCCAAUACUGCAACCACAGACUGUGAAGAAGUACGUAGCGCCCAUCGAGCAUGUGACGGAAGACUUCCUCAAGUAUAUGGUGAACGCGCGGGACGAGAACGGAGACCUGCCCCACGAGUUCGAUAACGACAUUCAUCGGUGGUCGCUCGAAUGUAUUGGUCGCGUGGCGCUUGACGUACGGCUGGGUUGUUUAUCGUCGCAGCUGAGUAGUAACUCGGAGCCGCAACGCAUCAUUGACGCGGCCAAGUUCGCUUUGAGGAAUGUCGCAGUGCUCGAACUGAAGGCUCCUUACUGGAGAUAUAUCCCAACACCACUCUGGACUAAAUACGUGAACAAUAUGAACUUUUUCGUUGAGCUCUGCAGUCGUUACAUAAACGAAGCACUUGAACGCCUCAAAACAAAGAAAGUCACGUCAGAGAAUGAUCUGUCGCUGCUAGAGCGCGUCCUCCAGAGUGAGGGAGAUCCAAAGAUCGCCACCGUUAUGGCACUUGACCUUAUUCUCGUUGGCAUAGAUACGAUAUCCAUGGCUGUCUGUUCAAUCCUGUAUCAGACAGCGACUAGGUUGAAACAGCAAGAGAAAAUGGCCGAGGAGAUCGAGAGAGUCCUGCCUGAUCCCAGCAAACCGAUCUCGUACUCCGACUUAGAUAAACUGCACUACACUAAGGCGUUUGUACGGGAAGUAUUCAGAAUGUAUUCUACAGUUAUUGGCAAUGGUAGAACGCUUCAAGAAGACGAUGUUAUUUGUGGUUAUCAUAUUCCUAAAGGGGUUCAAGUGGUAUUCCCCACUAUCGUGACCGGCAAUAUGGAACAGUUUGUGUCCGACCCUGAGGAGUUCAAGCCGGAACGGUGGCUCAAGUCUGAUGGUAAACUGCAUCCAUUUGCCUCCUUACCUUAUGGUUUUGGAGCAAGAAUAUGCUUAGGUCGCAGAUUUGCAGAUUUAGAGAUUCAGAUCCUUCUUGCAAAGUUGCUCCGUCGGUAUCGUCUGGAAUAUCACUUCGAGCCACUCGACUACGCGGUCACAUUUAUGUACGCGCCUGACGGACCUUUGCGUCUGCGCAUGAUUGACCGAUAA